GGAGGUUGGCCCUUGUCCAGGGGAAGAUCAGCACCAUGAUGGUGAAAGACAACCUCUUGGCGGCUGGUGGUUUCCAUGGGGAGCUGAUCUGCAAUGUAUCCCACCGUUGAUCCAUAUCCAGAUCAGCUGCGUCGCCGGUUCCGCCGUCUCCGACCGCACUCCCCCGGCUGCGCCAUCGAGCCGGGCCUGCUCACCUCCAUCUUGAUGGUCGCGCGUCGGGAGAGCCCUCUGCCGGCAGCGACGCAACCGUGUCUGGUGCCGUACAAGGGACGCCGGCGCAGGAUGCUGUCGUCGUCCGUUCCUAACGCCACUGAGUUGAGCUGCAGGUGUUCCUUGAUGCUACAUAUGUCAGUUUCUUUUGGCAUGAUGUACAUCUGGUGGUCGUCAAGUCAAGGAACCUUCUCUUCUUGCUGCGACAGUCCUCCUCCCGCUGCUUUGCUCUGCUCAACAGCUAGCAUGCAUGGCUAA